GUGACCAUGGGCCGCCGCCUGCGACAGCUUCUCAGCUUGCGGAUUAUGAUCAAGCUGGUUUACCUAAUUGUGUGCCAAAAGUGGGGAUGACCUUUAAUUCAGAGAAUGAAGCCUACAACUUCUACAACUCUUAUGCUAGAAAUGUUGGGUUUAGUAUCCGGAAGAACCACACAAACACUAGGGCAGAUGGGAGUCUUUGCUCCAAAUAUUUCCUGUGCAGCAAUGAAGGGCAGCCAGUGGUAAGCACAGCCCAGCCAGGGCGGAAGAAACGGGCUUCAACAAGAUCUGAUUGCAAAGCUCGAGUUCAGUUCUACAUUACCCGAGAAGGUAUCUGGACAGUGCAGAAGGUAGUGAAUCAAAUGCGGAAUGAAGGUAUUACAGCAGCAGAUAUGCAGAGGGUAUUUAAGCAAUGGUCCAGGGGAGCUGAAAAUGUGCAUCUUCUGAAGAAGGAUAAUGAGAGAAAGUACCUCCAGCCAAGUUAUGCACAAAAAUUGCUUGAGUAUCUGAAGAACAAACAAACAGAAAAUCCUUCGUUUUUUUAUGCAGUUCAGCUGAAUGAUAAUGGCCAAAUAGCAAACUUCUUCUGGACAGAUUGUCAGGCAAUUGUGGAUUACGCUUGUUUUGGCGAUGUUGUGUCUUUUGAUACAACAUUUGAAACAAACAGGUUUGAAAUGCCAUUUGCUCCAUUUGUGGGAACUAACCAUCACAAACAACCCAUUGUUUUUGGAGCUUCCUUGGUAUAUGAUGAAUCUUCAGAGUCUUUCCAUUGGCUGUUUCAAACCUUCCUUACAGCAAUGUCUGGGAAGCAACCGGCUACAAUUUUUACAGAUCCCUCUACUGAAAUAGCAAAGGCUAUUAGGUUAGUGUUUCCGAGUUCAAGCCACCACCUGUGUUUGCGGCAUAUCUGUCAUGAUGCUGUUAAGCAUUUCAAUCAUGUAAUUUGCAACCAUCCAGAAUUUCUGUCUGAUUUUAAGAGAUGUAUCUAUGAAGACAGGUCUGUAGCAUUCUUUGACUUGAAGUGGAAAGAAUUGGUUAACACAUAUAAUCUAGAUGGUAAUGAUUGGAUGAAUAAUUUAUAUGCAAUGCGUGAAAAGUGGGCUGCUGUUUAUUGCCGUGACUCAUUUUACGCUGACAUGGUGUCAGCACAAAAUGCUGAAGGCACAAGUAAUGCAUUCAAGAAUUUUCGGAGGAAACUCGGUCUUCCAGAAUUCUUAGAGGAGUAUGAGAAGUGUAUAACUAGUCUUCGCCGAAAAGAACUAGAAGCAGAUUAUGAUUCCCGCCAUACCAGUCCAGAUCCCUAUGUUCCUGAUUUGCCUAUGUUGAAGACUGCUGCUGAAUCCUAUACGAGGAAUUUGUAUUCGCAUUUUGAAGAAGAAUUCAAAAAAUUGUUCACCCUGUCUUGUUCAUUGCUAUCGCAAGACAGAACAUGCAGUACUUACAAAUUGGCACCUUUCAAUUCUGGAGAAGAAGCAUAUGUCAUUUUUAAUUCUGAGGAUACAACAGUAUCAUGUUCUUGCAGGAUGUAUGAGUGCACAGGUAUGCUGUGCAAGCACGCACUGCGAGUCCUCAACUACAGCAACAUUUUUACAAUGCCAUCACACUAUGUUUACAAAAGGUGGACAAAAUAUGCAAAAGAUGGAUUAUUUUGCUGCAGAAACAAGUCGCAAAGUGGCAGUGAAAGUUCAAUGUUAAGAUGUGCUCGUAUAUCUCAAAAGAUGCACUCUGUUGCUCUAAGACAUUCGAUGUCAGAAAAGGCGCUUCAGUUUUUGGAAAGUGGGGUAGAUAAAUUGACAUGGGAAGUAGAAAAUUUACUUACUCACAUAAACUUAAAUGGAAAUGAUACUAGCCAAUCUUCCGGCUUUUGCAACGGUGCAACGGUAGAGGUUUAAGCCAUUCAGAGUCCCUGUACAGCGAAGGGGCGUAACCUGCAAAAAUAUGUAAAGUGUUAUCGAGGAGGAAAAUGGAAUGCACUGCUGGAAGGGAUGAAACUGGCAUGAUUGUAGGAAUAUCAUCAGCUCCAUCUACUUGGAGUUAACUUCCUAGAACUUCAGCCUGCGCCCAGAAUCGAGGCAGAGUUUAUAAAAACUCUGUAGUUUGGUGAUUGACCGAUGCUGUGUCAGUUUCAGCAGCUGAGUUGAACGGUUAUGUUUUGGUGAUGUGCGAGGAAUGUAACAUACAAGGAACAAGUGCGUAGUAUGUAUGAACACUGGAGUAGUACUGGAGUAGUAUACAGUAACUUGUUAGGAGUAACUUUGGACAAUGAAAAUACAGCAUAUUGGCCCUGUGUUCC